AAAAAGAAAACAGCUACUAAACAUUUAUAACUGGAAAAUUUCCUUUUUCACUUUCCUACUUGUGCCUGCAUCUACAACCUCAUUGUAGGUGGGCAGUUUGCAGUAUGCCACCUAUGCCCUCAAGCAAGAGAUGAGGGCUACAUUAGUAUACUGAAAGGAGGGUAUGGAUUGUUCUUCUCAUUUUCUAUCAAUUUUAAAUCUACCUUCAUCAAAAGUUAAAGAGCCUGAGGAUAAUUCUGUGCUAAUUGUGGAAACUUAAUGUGAUAAAGGAAGUCUGGAUAGAAAUGUGAUAGUUGUGUCUGACUAACCUGCUGUCGUGCCCUGGCACAACAGCUGUGGACAUUAUGGCAGUGGCUCCCCCCUAGACCUGUCACCUCACUCAGUGUUUGUGUAAGAUAAAGCACAGAGAGCAGAGGAAAGUUUCUGUCUUGCCACCUCCACUUGUGAGCUGCCCAAGUUGUUCCUUCUGCUGCCAAAAGAGUGGGAAGGAAACGCUGCUAGUGGAAAUGGUGAUGAAGGUUGGGAAGAAGCACCUACAGCCUACAGAUAGUUCCUGUGUGACAUGUCCUCACUCUUGUUUACUGGGAAUCUUUAACACCCUUCUGGAAUCCAGUGGAAUAACUGAUCACAAAGGGUUUUUUUAGAUAUCAUUAGGUUGAAAAAAUAUUGUGAUUGUUGUUUGUAGAUGUAUGUGGAUUCUAAAGAAAAAUCCAACAAAUGAGAUGUUCUGAAAUAAGCUGUGUUUUUAAUUGCUUCAAAAUUCAACAGAACGGGAUGCUCCUACAGGGCUUCCCAUGGAAGUCAAUAAGGCCAAUGUCAUCCUUGAUUGUAUCACAAAUAGUGAAGUCAGGAGGGGCAGGGAGGUGACUGACAGUCGCCUGUACUUUGUGAAGCCACACCUUGAAUUCUGCAUUAAACUUUGGGCCCCUCAUAACAACAAAGACAUUGAGACACUGGAGCAUGUCCAGAGAAGGACAGCAAAGCUGGUAUUACCAGAUAAGAGCUGGACUGAAGAUUCCAUCCAGGAUUCCCCACAGGCUGUUUGCUACAAUUGUGGGACAGACAGGUGAUUCCAGCCUUUGCUCAGCCUGUGUUCAUGAAAACAACGUUUACAGCAGAAUAUUUCAGAUUUUGUACAGGAACGAAGAGAUCAUUCUUAAUGAAUCGAUGAACUUCAGAGUACAUCUUCUUCUGGAUGGUGAAAGGGUGGAAGAUGCGUUGACUGAGGCAGAUUUUCAACUCAAGUUGGACUUGCAUUUUACUGAUAGCGAACAACAGCUGAGAGAUGUUCCAGCCAUCCCCAUGAUCAGCAGCCGUACACUGUGUCUUCACUUCCACCCCCAGAGAGGUCUGCACCACCAUGUUCCUGUCAUGUUUGACUAUUUCCACCUGUCAGUGAUAUCCGUCACGGUGCAUGCGUCACUGGUAGCACUACACCAGCCUCUGAUCAGUUUUGCUCGUCCAGGGAAAGGUUCAUGGCUUGGCAAAGGCAACUUGGAUACAGGACCAGACCAAUCCAGUAUGUCCUUAGAAAAUCUUGUGUUUGGAGCUGGCUACUGCAAACCCACUUCAUCAGAGGGAAGUUUUUAUGUCCCAUCUGAAAACUGCAUGCAGCAUGCAUAUAAAUGGCAUAAGGACCUCUGUCUUCUACUCUUGAACGCUCAAAGAGGACUUCACGCGUACUACACUCUCAUAAUGAAGGAGGUUCCUGAUUUACCACAGCUGAAGUUGGAGGAACUACCUGUGGAAGAUACAUUAUCUCAGUUCUGUGCAGAGCUGCAGCUUUUGAGCAAUCCAGAGAAAAUAGCAGAACAGAUAAGCAAGGACCUCGCCUGGCUUUGCUCUCACCUCCUGGCCCUGUGGACCCAGUUCCUGGAGGUAGCAACACUCCAUCCAGAAGUCACAGCUUAUCUGACUCAAGAACAUCAUAUGCUAAGGGUAAGGAGAUUCUCAGAAGCCUUCUUCUACACUGAACACAAUAAACUUGCUGUGCUGACAUUCCAGGAAGGCCUGAUCCAAAGUCAUGCACAGAUUUCUACAGAAAUUCGUAAUUCAGAAUACUUCACCAGCAUGCCCCCACUGCCAGCAGAAUGCUUAGACAUCGAUGGGGACUGGAACACGCUUCCUGUUAUUUUUGAAGAUAGGUACAUGGAUUUGUCUUGCAAAGAUCAGAAUUUGGAAACUUUCCCAGAUUUUGAGGUUCCUGCCAAUACUCAAAUUGAUAUAAUAGACGAGAAGGAAAAUCUUGCAUCAAUUGAUGCCACUGUAGAAAUGAAAGGAGACUUUGGGAAAGGUACUUUGCUGAUACACACAGACAGGAUAAAUGGGAAUCCUUGCUUGUAUACUGAUACCGAAGGUGCUGCUUUUGCAGCCAAGGGUUUAAACCAGCAUUCCACAUCUCAGGUAUGUACAGCGAACAAAGAAGGCCAAAGGAAACCUGAAAAUGUAUGUGUUUCAAGUAAGGAAACUACUUCUGUCUCAGAGCUAAGCAAUACAGAAUGCAUUUCAAAGGAGUCUAAAACAUGCAAGGAAGUUUUAUUAAAAGACAAUAGGCAUUCAGUCGGUAUUACCUCUGAAGAGAAGAAAUCUAGCAAUAAGGGUGCCCACAAAACUGAGCCCAUGUUGAUUGUCAGUGCUCAGAUUGAGUGCGGGGCAUGUGAGACUUGUGGCUUGGAAGGCAGGACUGAAAUACAUAAAACAGCUGAAUCUGGUCAUCCUGAGAAUAAUUUCAGUUCUGAGCUUGCCCUGAGUGAAUUCAGCAGGCUUGAAAGAACACAGGAUCCAGAUAGCAAGCCUACACAGCCUGUUUUGAAAGCUUUACCCCCCCACAGCUUGGAAGUGAAGCUAUUUGCAAAGGAGCAACGAACUGAGGAGUGUGAAGAAUUUACCCUGAUGUCAGGGGUUAUAAAGAGAUCCUCCUCUAUUAUAUCAGAUUCAGGCAUCGAAAGUGAACCAAGUUCAGUGGCGUGGUCUGAUGCUCGGAGCCGGGCUCUGGAGCUGCCCAGUGAUCGAGAGAUCCUGCACCCCUUGGUACGGAGACAUGCCAUCCACAGGAAUUCUCUGGAGGGUGGGCACACAGAAAGCAAUACCAGCCUGCCCAGCGGGAUACAAGCAUCUCUCACAUCCAUUAGCUCUUUGCCCUUUGAGGAAGAAGAGAGAGAAGUGGAGCUUACCAAACUGACCAAAUCUGUCUCAGCUCCUCAGAUCAGUAGCCCAGAGGAGCCCGUAGAGGAGGUGGACAUCUCUAAACACAUUGAAGCAACCUCAGGAGCCUUGGGAGGAUAUUUUAAAAGCAGCAGGGAAACAGAGAAUGGAGAUGGGCAAUUAAUGAUGGAUUUUUCUGUUUGUCAGCUCACCAAUGAAAGUGAGCAACUAGAACCAGUAGGACCUCCCAGGCCCUCUGCCAAGGACUGUAAUGGCAAAAUAGAACUACAAAGGGAGGAGGCAAAGGAAGAUUUCUCAGAGACUUACUGUAAUUUGGAAUGUGCAGAACCAUCUGCAUGUAAUCCUCUCAGAGAUAACGAGUCUGAAAGUCAAUCGCUGGAGAGCAAUGAGUGCAGCUUAAAAACACCAAGGGCUAAUAAUUACUUGGACAAAAGUAUAGGUGAGUUUGAUAAGUACAUUACAGAUCCAAAGGAUACAUCUAAGCCGGACAGCUUAAAAAUAGAACAAGACUUGUACAUCAAUGUGAGAAAAACAGAAGAGGACAGUUUCUCACAAAGCAUAAACCAUGCACCACAUAUUUGUAAUACUGUUUCAGGUCCUUCAGAGACUUCAACAGAAUUUGGGUCAACGCAAGGAGAAUGCAAUAGAUUUCUUGCUGAUGAAAGCCUGCUGGUUUAUUCAGAAAUGCAGGGGUUACAGGAAAUUGAGCUCAAUGAUUCACCUGCCUCAGCAAAUCCUGAUGCAGAACCCUACCAGGACAAAUAUCCUCAGGAACAAGACAACCAAGAGCAGAAACUUGUAGCUAAUGGCACUGGGUUUCACUCGGUUACAAUGGAUGGGGUAGCACUGGAAAGCAGAAAGGCUGUUGAUGUGGUUAACCUCUCUGUCUCUUGCACGGCCACAUGUCUUCCCUUUUCUUCUGUGCUCAAAGAGACCCCUGCGAUGGUUGGCUUCUCUGCAAAGCAGGCUGCAUUUCCCAUCACACGCCAGCCUCUGGGCUCUUUUGGAAUUGUUUCUUCUCAUUCAGAUGAGGUGGAUGAAGAGGCCAAUGAAAGGAUGCUGAAUUUUUAUCAGGCCAAAGAAAAAUUUAAAAAAGAAAUGAAGAUUGAAGGAUUUCUGUACAGUGACUUAUCUGUACUAGCUUCUGAUAUCCCAUAUUUUCCACCAGAGGAAGAGGAAGAAAAUUUGGAAGACGGAAUUCACCUGGUUGUCUGUGUCCAUGGAUUGGAUGGUAACAGUGCAGAUCUACGGCUGGUAAAGACUUUUAUAGAACUGGGACUCCCUAGUGGAAAACUGGACUUCCUAAUGUCUGAAAGAAAUCAGACUGAUACUUUUGCUGAUUUUGAUACAAUGACUGACCGAUUGUUGGAUGAAAUUAUUCAACAUAUUCAGUUGUAUAACCUCUCCAUAUCCCGGAUAAGUUUCAUUGGACAUUCUCUUGGCAAUGUCAUCAUCAGAUCUGUGCUGACUCGCCCCAGGUUUCGCUAUUACCUCAACAAGUUGCACACCUUCCUGUCCCUGUCUGGGCCUCACCUUGGAACCCUUUACAACAACAGUACUUUGGUUAGUACAGGUCUAUGGCUCAUGCAGAAAUUGAAAAAAUCAGGGUCACUUUUGCAAUUGACCUUCAGGGACAAUGCAGAUCUGCGCAAGUGUUUCCUUUACCAGCUCAGCCAAAAAACAGGUCUUCAGUACUUUAAAAAUGUUGUAUUAGUGGCCUCACCCCAAGACAGAUAUGUACCUUUUCAUUCAGCAAGAAUAGAAAUGUGCAAAAAUGCACUUAAAGACAGGCAUACAGGUCCUGUUUAUGCAGAAAUGAUUAACAAUCUACUUCAGCCUUUGAUUGGGGCAAAGGACUGCACUUUGAUCAGACACAACGUGUUCCAUGCUCUACCAAACACCGCCAACACAUUGAUAGGCCGAGCUGCCCACAUUGCUGUGCUGGACUCUGAACUUUUCCUGGAGAAAUUUUUCCUUGUGGCAGGACUCAACUACUUCAAAUAGUGCCUGAAGUGUGGGGUAACAGAAGCAAACCAUUUCACUGAAUGGAGGAGAAUCCCUUAGCCAAAAGCUUCUAAUAUUAGAAAUGAAAUCAGGUGGGACUUUCAGACUAUCCAUUUCAAUUUCUGUUUCCAGAAAAUAAAGUGCUAUGGCUUUAAGGCAUUCAGGCUUCCAAAUAUUGGUGCUUUUGGAAGAAACAAAUAUUCCUUUUCAGUUUUUAUGUUGUUUGUCCACAUAAAGACGUGAAUGAUUUCCAAAGGAGAGAAUCAGAAUAUAGAUGGUUAAUUAUCUAAAUGAGGCGUGACCAGUGUGUUUGCAGUUUCUCUCAAAUACUAACCCAAUUCUUGAUUUAAUGAUUAUUUAUGUAUCAACAAACACAUCUGUAGCAAUUGGGAUGAUUAACACAAGAGAAAAGAAACAUGUAUGAACUCAGGUUAAAACCUCCUUUAGGAUGAACUGAAAAGUCAACAUUCACGAAAGUUUCAGUGUUUCCAUUUGUCAAGAGAAAAUUAUUUCAUUAUUUGUAAUAAUUUGUAACAUGAACAUAUUCAUGGGAAGGGGAGUAAUAUUUAACAUAGAAUGAAAAAUAAAUAAAUAAAUAAACCUUGAUAUUUGUCUUUUAAAAGAAACCCUUAAAUUAGUUAAAACUUUUGUUCAAAUUAGAAGCUGCCAAACUGGUAAGAGACUAUUGGAUUACUUGUGAAAUAACAGAGGCAUCUUUUAAGACUUCUGUUUACAUUUAUGUCAUACCAUUUUUGUGCUUCUUGUUGUAACCUUACAGUUAAUUUUUUUAUUUAUUUUUUUUUUUUUUUUACUUUUACAGUUGUAUCUAAAUGCAUUUACCCCAAAAUAAUUGUUUCUGCAUAUCAUUCUGACCCUGAAAUUCAAAAUCUGACCAAUAAUACCCCCUGUAAAAAUAAACCAAUGGAAAUGGAUUGGUGAACAAGAGCAGUAAGUGUUAUGGAAAGCUCAAAAACAUAAGGUGUCCUCUGCAAUGCUUAUGGACUAAUGUCCAUCUGCAGUGCCAUGUGUAGUCCUAGUUAUUUUAUGGUUACAGCUUGUUAAAACAUUUAGAAGUCUAUCAGUACAACGAUUUCAGAGUUCUUUUUAACAGUACUGAAAAUGACCCAUUUUUCACUUUUCUAUUUAGCAUUUUCUAAAAAAUUUAAAGUUACCAGCAUUUUAAAUGACAAAUUUCAAUACAUUUCUGUAAGUUUUCACACCAUUUUGAUAAAUUUUCAAUAUCAUAGCAGUUCAACCCCCCCCCCCAAAAAAAAAAAAAACCUUUUUUUUUUUUAAUGAAAUUGUAAUUUCAUUUAGAAACAUAACUGACCAACCUUGUGUAAUGAAAGAAAUGAACAUUAAAAGUUACGAAGUUGGUUCCAGAUGUCAAGACUAUCAAGACAGAUCUAAGAUAAAGUAGUAUAGAUUUCUGAAAUAGGAGAAUUGAAAAAUGAAAACAAAAAAACUCACAUGAAAUCCCCAGGAAAUUAUCUGUAUGCACACAGGAUAAAACUUGCUGUCUUCUAAAGAAGAAAAGUAGAAAAAUUACAUAGAAUUAGUUCAAGAAAAGAGUUGCUAGCAAAUUGAAAUGAAUCUGAUCUUGCAGUGUUGGCAUGUUUUGAAAAAGAAAGGAAUAAGUAGGAAUAUAGAAAAAGCUGAGACUAAGAUCAAGUAUUUCUGUAAUACUAGAAUAGGUGGACACUAUUGUGGGUUAGUUUUUAGUUUGUUUGUUUGUUUGCUUUCCUUUUAAGAAUUAACAUUUUAAAGACAAAAGCUGAAUUUACUAAGUUAAAAAUAAAUUCUGUGUCAGAAAUCGAAAACUUCUGAUACCAUACCUUGUUUUUGGAAGUCUUUAUGGCUUUUCAGCCUCAAAAUUUUAGUGCCAACCAAACUUAUGUGUCAGCAUCCUUCUUCCUUGGUAAACUAUUUACACAAUGUUAAACAAAUUGACACCUUUAGGUUAAGCUUUUGUGCAGUGCAGCGGUUUGGAUCUGAAGAAACUGACUUCUAAGGAAGUGUUAAACACAAAGAAAAAAAGCAAUCCCCAAACAUCAGCAGUCUUCAGUAAGUUCUGUAGUGAUCUAUUCCUCUUUUAGAAAAUUUUCAUGAGUCUGCACAUGGAAAACUUUUAAAGUUACUGAGGGGCCAGUUUACACAUAUAUACAUAAUGUGUGCGUGUGUGUAUGCAGUGUAUAAAAAGAAGUGCAACAAAAGAAUUGUGUUUAUUUCAAGGUCUCACAAUGCCUUUUUUUUUUUUUUUUUUUUUAAAUCCUGAGUAUACUGAAUAUGACGGCAUAUCAGUGUUGUGCUUUUUAAACUUAGGUUGAUGAUUUCUUGCCCUGCACAUUAGACAGCAUUCUUAACCUGUUGUUCACAUGACUGCGAGGUCUCUUCUGUAUUACUGCAGAAACUGGUGGCCUUUCCAAUACUCUACACUGCUAUCAAUACUGUGAUUGAUGGACCUAAAGGUUUCUGUGUUCCUAUACAUAUAAUGUUCUUCCAUGGCCUGGAGUCUGAUUUCAGUGGAGUGUGAUUAGGUCCAUGCAACUUGAUCCUUAGAGGAUGUGAUAGAGAGCUUCUAUAGAAACUCCAAAAAAAUUUAGGAGACAUCACUCCAGUGAAAUGAUAUAACACAGUUUUUAUCUUUCUUUUGCUGCCAGAACACUGGGGGAAAUAUUAGCAAUAACUGUCUAGCUUAUCUUUCAUUUUAAUGUUCUCAGAAUAGUCUCCCUCUUUUUUUCUUUUUUUUCUUUUUUUUUUCCUUCUUUUCUUCUUUUCUUCUUUUUAAUAGAAUAUUGUCUUGAUAACAAAGGAUAUUUUAAGUUUGCUUUAACAGUAUGAAAUAUCUAACUGGUUAGACUUUGUCACAAUAUAGCAAUCAACACCGACUCAUUUUUAGAAUGUUUUUAUAUGUUGAAUUAUAUAUAGGGAAAUAUAUAUUAAGAAUUAACUUUGUAGCAAAUAUCAGCUGUACAGUGAGCAAUAUUGUCUUAAACUUUGGAAUCUGAAGGCACUGUCCUUUCAUAUAAAGCUUCUUUAUAUAAAUUUAAUUUCAUUAGCAGUAUUGAUAAAGGUUUCCUUUCCAGCUGCAAACAUUUGCUUUGAUGUAUCUGUGGAGGCUGUGUUUAUUCUUAAGCAAAACUCUUACUUCACAGUGGAGAAGGUAGUUUUUCAAGAACUCAGACAGAGUGGUGGACAUGACUGUAUUUGAAAUGAAACUCAUCUCUGUGGGAUUCUUCUCUGGAGAGGAAAACAAACAAACAAACAAACAAACAAACAGGAACAUAACAUUUAUUCCAGACUCCAAUGAGUAAAAUAAGUUUGUCUAGUGAGGUUUGACAGAUAGCCCAGAUGAAUAAAUUCUCUGGAAAGAUGAAAGAUGAUUGAUCACAAGAAGUAAAGGGGCAACAAAGAGUAAGGAUCCCAGAACCUUGAAGGACAGUAUUAAAAGCUAAAGAUGAGGAAGGAAGACAGGAAAGUGCACUUAAUGUAAGCCUUUUUUGGGGUGCUAGAAUGUAUGUGAAAAUUAGACUGGAUCACAGUUGUAAUAAUUAGCUAUUCUGUUUUAUUCUCUGAGGUGCAAAUUUUCCCUGGUAGAGCUGGAUAACAAGAAAACACUAGAGACAAAUAACAAUCAUUUAAAAUUUGUCUGAAAAUGAAUCUUUUCUCAACCUUUAGUGCUGCCCAUUUCUCUUUAACAAAAUUGUUCACUUGUUUUCAGAAAUGAAGUUUUCCGGUCUUUGCACUGACAGCACUGGAAGCUGAAAUUGAUUGGCUUUAAAAGAUUGUAUCCUCAAGGUCUGAAACCGUAGCACAGAGCUUUGGAAAUCACUAGUAGGAAUACUGAGUUUUUACUUCAAAGUACUUCAUAAAUAUUCACUGACCAAUCCUCUUUACUUUUCCCUUGCUUAACAUAGGCCAAGCUUGAAAGAGGAAGCUAUUACGUGGUUGUAUGAAAACUAGGAAUUCAGGCCAAAGCUUUCAUUAGGACUCAUAGGCUUCUCUGGUGCUUUCUACAUGUUAAGAGAAGAUCUCUUCUACUGCUGCAUUUGACGUAGCUAAUAGGUGAUACAGGAGGAAAGUGAGAACUUGUAACAAUAGAGUUAGACCCGUUUGAAGGUUUAUGUAAGUAUGUCAUUAUAUAAUGAUUAGUCAUGGUGCGCUUCUGCAGUAGUCAUAGCAUGCCAAUAUGUAUCAGCCCAGAUGAAUGACUGUUUUCUUUGUGGACAUAAAUUUCCAUUUGAAAACUAUCACCAGGACAGACCAUCAUAUUUCACUCCAGCUUGUCAUUUGGGUGCUAAAUGUCAUGCCCAUAGAGAAUUCUCUCAAGAGUAUUCUAAUUCAAUACAUAUGCACAAUAAUUUUGAUUUUGAAUGUUAUUAAGUAAUUGCCAAUUCCUAGGUCAAUAUUUAAUAUUUAUUUACCCCUUCCUUUUAAAACAAAUGUUGUGACCACAGCAAGACCGUAUGAUUCUCCUAAUUUGCAAUCUCUUGAGUAACCUAAAUUGCCUUAAGCAAUUCUGCUUUACCCAGUCAUUCCAAAGUUUGCAUAGUUUAUUUUCCAUUAACUGAUUUCAUCUCCUGCUUUUCUUUUUGCUAGAGCCUCCAUGAAUACCUUUUCUCUUGAUUCUUCAAUCCUUACCUUCAAACAAAGCUAAAAAAUUAUCUCAUUACCUGAACACCUUUAGUAGUCUCAAGAAUAAUCCUGGUGACUAUACCAACAAGGGUAUCACAUCGUCACCUUUUGUAGGUAUUUCUUUCAGCAUGUAUUUCUUUUUUUUUUUUUUUUUGUAGGUAUUUUUGUAGGUAUGUUUUUGUAGGUAUUUCUUUCAGCAUCUAGGCCUACUUUGCACUCCUGCAUUGCCAAUGUGAUGCUAUUUCCUGUUUUUACAUGUUUUAUUUAAUGUGACCUUAGGCAUAGCUAAUCUUUAGGUAUAGUCUGUGAUGCAAAGAAACCUAAUGUAAGUUGUCUCCACCCUGCCAUUGGAGACAGCUAUGUUUUCUCACCUUGUGACCAUCAGACCUAUGGCAUGCUGCUUCCCAACAGGUUGUGUGAUCUGAGAGAGCUGCUGUUUCUUCUCUGUUUUAGUAAGACUAUUUAAUACAUAUGCAUUUCCCUAAGAAGUCCAUGCACUGGAUAAAAAUGGCUAUGAAAACAAUUUCAUCACUGUAGAGCCAUUCUAAAUGCAUAUGAGCUAGGCCUUCUAUGUAUAGGAUAAGAGCAUAAAGAAUAAAUAUGUAUAAAUUCUGCUUAUGCAAAAGUUCACACUGAAUUAACUUCUAUUACAGCCUUGAAACUUGAUUUAUCUGCUUUUGUAAAUUCAGCUCUACUUCCAUACAAAGCACUGGAAGAUCCUAUUAUCUGUGCUGGAAACUAAUCACAUCUGUGCAAAACCGAUUCUCGCACGUACAUGUGCCAGAAAUCCAUUUGGUGUAUGCAUGAAGUUACACAUCUUCAAGCAACUUCUUCAUUGGAAAAAUAAGAAACUGCAGCAUAGUAAAUAGGACUGCUCUUAUUCAGUCUGGCAAGUGGUUCAGACUUGGAGAGCUAUCAACUGCAAACAAAUGGCUCAUCCAAAGGGGAAAACAAAACAAAAACAAAAUCUCUGUGAAGACUUGCUGAAAGUCCAGUCUCAGACAACUUUUAAUUUCUUUGUUUUGUCAGAAUUGGUAGUUCAAAUAUGGUGAGGGCCUCAUUUAUUUUACAUUUUCCAUACAAAGAUGAAGUCUUGUAAAUAGAACAGCCAAGAGCCCUGGUAUUUCACUUUUCAUUAUAGUUUCUAGCAAUUAAUUUAAGAACCUUUUAUUUUCUUCCUGAAUGCUAAAGUACCAGUAAAAAUCUACUUUUCCCAGUUCUGGAGAAAUGCUCACUUACAUAUGUGGAUGUCUGCUUGCAUUACUCCUCAUGCUGGAAAGAUAUCAAGGUAUUUUUCAUACAGUACUAUAGAUAGAGCUGCAAGCGCUGCAGAUCUUUUUGAUCUAAGAUGUCACCAUUUUCAGUAAAAUAAUAACACAUAAUUUAGCUUUGUACUCCCUACAUACCAUUUGAGUGAUAUGCAUAAUAUACCUAUGUAUAUAGAAAGUUUCUUUUCCUUGAUAUAUGUUAUACUCUUACAUGUAAAUAAUGUAUAUUGCUGUAUGUAGAGUAUGUAUAUCAAACUAUACUUUGAAGCUGGUUGUGACUACAGGGUCUAAAAGGUUUCUGUUCCUUUUUGGGGAACAUUUUUGUUAUCUUCCAGAGCUCCUGUGUAGGAGAAUUUUGCUGGUUUCCUCACCUCACUGGAGGAGUGUUUGUUUUGCAGAGAAAUUACCUCUUGGCAAACCAUUCAUUGACUAAUUUUAUCUAAGCAGCUUUGAAUUUGCUAUGUGUUAUUUACCAAUUCUGCGGCUUCCAUGGUCAGUGUAAAAUGUCAACUCCAGCUGCACUGUCUUUUGAGACAGGAAGGUUACCACCAUUUUUAAUUUUUUCUUGACAUCCACCCUUUUCUACUAAACAUUUAUUUUUAAGCUGAUUGGUCAUUGAUUAGUAAGCUCUGUUUACUUGUGUAAAUUCCUUCUUCUUCUGUUAAAUCUCCUUAUGAAGAAUGUGGAAGAUCAGUCCAGACAAAUCAUGGCACUGCAUUUUGAAUGCAUACCUGAAAGUAAAAUCACAUGAUCAGUAGUUUAUUCUAGGUUUAUUUUCACUGUUUGAUUUACCAAGAAAGAAGCAGUACUGGUGCUUGGGCCCAUGUAUUUUACAACUAUCCUUCUGUGUGAGAAUUGGGAUCAGUAUAUUCCUAAAUACAAAGUUCAGAAAUAAGCUGAAAUUCAUAUAUGCGUCAUGUUAUUUGUACUUUAAUAGCCAGCUUUCUUAAAUCAUGAACAGCUUAAUGGUUUGGUUUAAUGUAGGAUUGGAGUUCACUGACUUUAAUAAUGAAUCCUUUUUCUACUGAAGAAUUCUUCUAACAAUCUAGCACUAAAGCUAAUAAUCUAUUUAAAUCUAUUAAUCCAUACUCAUACUUAAAAUCUGAGAUUUAAUUUCCAACUUUUAAAUUUCCCACUUAUGUUCAGACAGUCAAAGCAUCUGGGAUACCAGAAAAAUGCAGUUUUCUCUGUAAUUGUAAUUACCUUCGACAAACAGAAUAAAGUUUAGUUGGGAGGACUUGCUUUCUAGGGGACUUUUGAUCCUGAUUAGAGGGAAAUUGUGACAAGAAGUCUGUUUAAUUUCAGCAAUUCACAGGAACAGGCAAAUCCUCUAUCCCAGAGCUCUAAUCCAUGCAGCAAAUUUCACACUCAGGUUUAUAAAAUCAGAAAAUUAUGGCUCAGAUUCCAAACAAAACACAUCUGUGAGGAAGGACAUGCUUGUAGUCAUAUGUUUCCCUCUAUGAGAUGUGCAUAGGCAAUUACUGGUUUUGACACUGGAACCGUUUUUUAUUGAGAAUCUAGGAAAACUUGAUAAAACUCCCAUUUAAAAAGUAUUAAGAUUAUAACGCUCAAAAUCCAGCUAUAACUUUUUGAUAUUCAAGGUUAGUGUGGUCACCAGAAGUAACUUCUCAGAUGCACAGUAUCUAUUCAAGUGGAACACCUUACACUGCUUUGUUCAUUCUCAACUCCAUGGUAACACCUUAGACAUGGCCUUUACUUAGCUGACAAGUGGAAAAGAAUGCCUCAGCUGACAAAUGGAAUAGAAUUUGGUCAAAAAAAAGCACAUUUCUAUGAAGAUACUGUGUUAGUUUUUUUUUUCUUUUUCUUUUUCUUUUUUUCCCAAGAUCAACAACUGACAAAUACGAUGGAGCUGAGCUUCAAGUCAUUAAUUGCAAUUUUAAUCAGUUCAAUUAAAAUAAUAGUAAUAAUUUAAAAUCAAAACAAAACAAAGAACAAAUCAGGAGACUGACCCCAUUACUUAAUAACCAUCUGUAUCCAUCACAGUGGUUGUAAAAUAUUAGCACUGGUUAACAUGCUCAUAUUUGUACAAACAGGCUGCAAAGCAAUGCAUCUGAGACACUGUUCUCCAGGUACUGUACUCCAAGGCUGAUUGUUCAGGGUGAGAAAUAUGCAUGAUAUAAUUGGUCGGUGUACUAUCUUCUGCAAAAUGGGGUUUAAAGCCAGUCAUUUUAUAUGGAAGUUGAACUUUGCAGAUGACUAAUCCGUGGUAUUUUUAAAUCUAACUAUUUCUGUGGUCUGAAGAUGAGAACAACUGAUUCUGUCAUGUGGCACUAGAGGUUGUAUUUUUUAAAUUAUAUAUUAUUACAUUUGAUUGAGGCAGUUAUGCUUCUUUGAAAUUAUAUUUCAAAUCAGUCAGGAGAGGCAAUAAUUAGAGUCUGUGAGCUUGGAAAUUUUUGCACUGUAUAUUUAUUUAUAAGAAUAUUCAAAGAUUUACAGCACAUGUUCUGUUCUGAUUCUCUCUAAUUUACCUUCUUUUCCCUGAUGAGCGUUUGUCAAUUGCCAUAUACUUCAAUUUUCUUUAACUAUAUCCAUCAAGAUAUGAGAGACAUAUAUAUAAAUUAAAAAAAAAAAAAAAAAGAAAAGAAAAAAAAUAUCUCACAAAUUGGAAAUGAAUGAAGUUGAAUUAGUUCCAUGACAUUUUGGGGAAAAUGCAGGCACAAAUCAGUUUUCUUGAAAUGUACGUUCUGACUCAGCAUUCACAUUAAGUCUUGACUAAAGGUCUGAUCCUGAGAAAUGCUGCUCAAAUGCACUUUUCUAUAGUGGGCCAGAUCCUCAACUGGGUUAAUGUGUUAAAGCAGUUUAUACCAUGCAAGGAUCUUGCUGAACGGCAGCCAGUAGCAUUCGUGGCAUUUUAUGAGAUGGACGAUCAGAAGAUAAUAAAAUGUCCUGAGUUCUCUCUAACGCCAAUUUUCCAAUUAGUCAAUUGUGUUUUAGAAGUAAUGUCUUUUUAGACAAAUGCAGACCUCUUCAAGGGAUCAAGUCAAUGGAUUAAUGUGGACAGAUCCUUAUAGGUUAAGGGAAAGGGCUUUUAAUUUUUAACUCUACUACUUAGAAUCAUGAUCGUACAAAAAAAAAAAAAAAAAAAAAAAAAAAAGUGAAGAAAUACCUGACAUGGUCCCUUGUAUAAACAAGAUCAUGAAUGUAAAGCUUAUAAUGCCACUGUGAAAUUUUAAUGCUUAUUUAUUAUGGUUAUGAGGAAACCUGUACAAUAAGAUGAUGAUAAUAAUAAUGAAUAGUCAUCAGUGCCAAUAUGAUUCUACUAUUUUUCUACAUAUGCUUUAUUGUGGCAUUUUGUGUAGCUUGUGUUCUGUGUAAAGAAAUGUCAAUAAAAUCUUUGCUUCCUUUUGUCUGUA